AUGCUUGAUACUGUUAAGCAACUUCUCACCACAAGAAGCAACAGCAUCCAAAGGAAAGAGAAACCUCUGUGUGAUAAGCACAAUCUUCAGCUGGACCUCUUCUGUGAAAAGGACCUGGAGCUAUUGUGUCCCCGGUGCAGGAUGUCCUCUCAACACCUGGAUCAUUACCUAAUGCCCAUUGACCAAGCUGCAUCGAGUCACAGGAGGAAGCUCAAAGGCUACAUGAAGCCUCUGAGGGAGCAAGUUGAACUUGCUGAAAAUGAAUCAGAAACACAGAAAUUAAAGUUCAUUGAGUUGAUGAUGAAGGUGGAAAUUAAGAAAAGCUAA